UUGCAGGUGAGAAGUUCGCAUGAUCUGAAAAGUGAAAUCGCGAUUGCGUAUGACUUAUAUCGCGAUAAAUACCGUAAUCCGAAUAUCAACUGGGUUAAUUUAUAUCGUAAUGCUAAUAUGAUUGCGUAUAAUCCAUAUGAUAAACGAAUUUACAUCUACGACCAUGGAUACUUGCUUACUUUACCAGCAAGGAUCACGUGGAGGGCUAAAUAG